GCUGGAUCAUCACAAGCAUGAAUUGUACAUCAUCAAACAACAGCCCUGCUCCAAUCUCCAAAAACAAUGUGGACUUCUUACAUAAACUUGGGGGAGGGAAUGUGGAGAUGCCGCUCGUCCGGCUGACAACGAAUGAAGUUGCCACCAACUCCUGCAGGGAAGGCGUGGAAGGGAAGAGGUCCCUAAACAGCCUUCUGAUAAAAAAAGUUAUGGAGAAAGUUGUUGCUAUGUCUCUGGAGAUUUCACGAGCAAGCUGUUUGAAACCAGGGUUUAAGAGUGGCUCCGGCAGGCUGGGACCAGAAUGUAAUUUAUUAAAAACUUCAAAAAUUAAUUGAAUUAACUAGAAUUUAUUUGUCACGUUUUAUGAGAUUA